UGAGGCAAAUUAUAAACAAAUAUCCCUAAUUUUUUGGGCCGACUAUGUUCUUGGGGAAUCCGAUGCAUUAGAUCGCCUUUCAUUCAAAUGUCCACCUGCUUUCCUUAAUGGAAUUUAAAUCAGAUAACAACACCCGAAAAGACCGAAUUCGAGGAUUUAUAUGCAGAUAUGUUGAAGAUGGAUCAUAAAGAUUAGCAUCUGAUUCCUGAUAGAUGGUAUUGCGUAAGUUGAUUUUGCUUGCUGUUUCUGUGAUUUCCGAGUUAGCAAGCAAUAGGCCUGUAAGAAGACACAGACAAGGUCUAUUUCAAUUCUAUAGAAGUUUAAAGGUGAUCUUCUGAGAUCGACAUUCAUUCAAUUUCAAUUUUGCCAGAAGAGUUCAAAAAAUGCAGAGGCACGAGGCUUCCUUAGCAUCUGAUGGGAUUCCAAUGGCAGAAAGCUUUGUAGAAGAAACAGGGCAUAUAAAUGUCGCCGAAGGAAUUGACAAGUUAGAGAAUGCAAGAGUUUCAGUUGUAAUUGGCGAGGGAAAGGACGUGAUCAUGGAAAGUAGUGAGAAUUAUUCAAAACCUUUGGAGGAGUUUGAACUGAAAAAUGGUUCGAAGGACGUGGAUUGGAAAGAAGAUAAAAUGUCAAAAAAUUCCUGGAAUGUGAUUGAUGAUUGGAUAAAUGAAGAGGUCUCUCAACAUCUUGGAGGAAAAAGAGAUGAAAAUGAACUAGAGGAUUCUUUGGACAUUAAAGAAGCCCUGAAGAUGCCCCAGAAUGAACACAAAAAUGAGCCUGAUGAGUUUGAUUCCACAUCAAUGCAAGAUUAUUUGGUUCCAGAGAAUUCUUCCAAAGAAUUUUGUGAAGAUGAUCAUCAGUCUGAAAAGAUUGAUGAGAGGACCGAGAGAGAAGAUGUCCAAGUGAUUGAGAGCAUGGCAGGGAAGGAGACAGAUCGGGUUGAAGAUAAUGGUAUGGAGUUGCCAAUUCAAGCUUAUGGAUUUGAGCCCUCUGCGUUGGCAAAAGAUUUAAAGCCUGAAGAAAUUGCUGAUCCAAAAGCACUGGAAUCUGAAACAGAGGCUUCCUUAGCAUCUGAUGGGAUGGCAGAAAGCUCUGUAGAAGAAACAGGGGAUAUAAAUGUCGCCCAAGAAAUUGACGACUUAGAAAAUACAAGAGUUUCAGUUGUAUCUGAUGAAGGAAAGGACAUUAUCAUGGAAAGUGGUGUGAAUUCCUGGACUGUGAUUGAUGGCUCGAUAAAUUUCGAAGAUUUUCCUAGUGGUGAGACAACUGACAUACACUUUGAAAAUGGAGAGGUCUCUCGAUAUCUUGGAGGAAAAAGAGAUGAAAAUGAACUAGAGGAUUCUUUGGACAUUGAAGAAGCACUGAAGAUGCCCCAGGAUGAACGAAAAAACGAGCCUGAUGUGUCUGAUUCCACAUCAAUGCAAGAUUUGGUUUCAGAGAAUUCUCCCAAAGAAUUUGUAAGUGAAGAAAUUUGUGAAGACGAUCAAUUGCAUCAGUCUGAUAAAAUUGAGGAGAGAGGCGUGAUUGAGAGCAUGGAAGGGAAGAAGACAGAUCAGGUUAAAGAUUAUGAACCUGAGCCCUCUGCGGUGGUAAAAAAUUUAAAGCCUGAAGAAGUUGCUGAUCCAAAAUUACUGGAAAGCACAGGAAUCCAAAAUGCUGAAGGAGUAUGUCUUCCGGUUCUCGAGAUCUAUGUACCAGAAAGGGCUUCAAUUUGGGACUGUUGCUGUUUUUUGAAUUGGCUGCGUGCCCAUGAAGAUUAGGCUUUCAUUAUUAUCUUUCAGAAUUUUGUUUCAGUGGGAAAUGAUCUAUAAUUUCAGAGUACAAUCAUGCACUUCAGGCCUAUUCGUUCUUAGCUUCCACAAUUUUGUUUUUCAGUGAGGAAUGAUCUUUUAAUUUCAGAGUACAAUCAUGUAUGAUCUUAUAAUUUCAGAGUACAAUUAUGUACUUCAGACCUCGCAAGAAAGAAGCUGUGUUUUCUAAAGAUUUGGUUAUAUUUUGAAGAGUUAUUUUUCGGAUUUUA